UCUUUGUUUUCUUAUUAUCCAGCUGUCCUCCAUGGGAUCCCCGAGGCGGGUUGAAGAAAAGGCUGACGUGAUGACGUUACCGGGAGAAGCGGCUCUCCUGCGGGCUGACAGCUGAUGGAGAGAGGGACUCCUGCUCCUCCUCUCACACACACAGCCGGGGUCGUAUGAGGAGGACGCAGAAUCCAGAAAUGAAACACUGAACUGGACUGAAACGUUACUUGCAUCAACUGGAAGUACUGGGACGUGUUGUACAAAUGGGUGCAUUGCGUGUUGACGAGUUUACAACAAAAAGCUUUUGUCAGCUGACAUAAAAUACUGAAUCUGCCACAGUGGAUGUUAAAUAAUUUCCGGUACUCUAAUCUUUUGCCUUGUCAGUGAAACAGCAUCAGCAAGGCAGCUCACUGAUCAAACGCAUCAACAUGACUUGAAUGAGUGCCUUUAUUGUGUAUGCAGCCCAUUCGGCUACAUGAUAUCUUCAAUCCAGCAAUGAAAAGUCCACAGCUUUGUGACCUCGUUUGUGCUUUUUGGAGAAGUUUUCACUGAUCACCUUUUAAUCAGUAUUGCAAAUCCGCGAGAUAGCCGAGAGAAAGCGCAAGUACUAUGCACCGUUGUCGCUGUCUCACAUCCGACACCGAACCAGUAACCUCAGCAGAGGAGAGGAGCUCAUAACGGUACCGACACCUCCAAAGAACCCUCGAUCUCCCUAAACGUUUUUUUUUUUUUUUUUUUUUAAUCCACGGGGGGUUUAGAGAGCUGCAGGGAUGUUCGCCGCUGUGGAGCAUGGCCCGGUUCUCUGUAGCGACUCCAACAUCCUGUGCCUGUCCUGGAAGGGCCGGGUGCCGAAGAGCGAGAAGGAGAAGCCGGUGUGCAGGAAGCGCUACUAUGAGGAGGGCUGGCUCGACGGGAACGGUCGAGGAGUUGUUGGGGUCACGUUUACGUCCAGCCACUGUAGACGGGAUCGGCCCACCCCGCAGAGAGUAAAUUUCAACCUCAGAGGGCACAACAGCGAGGUGGUCUUGGUGCGGUGGAAUGAGCCCUUCCAGAAACUGGCCACCUGUGAUACAGAUGGAGGGAUCUUUGUUUGGAUCCAGUAUGAGGGCCGCUGGUCCGUGGAGCUGGUCAAUGACCGUGGAGCGCAGGUGAGUGACUUCACCUGGUCCCACGAUGGCACCCAGGCUCUUAUCUCUUAUCGUGAUGGCUUUGUCCUAGUGGGAUCAGUCAGUGGGCAAAGACACUGGUCUUCCGAGAUCAACCUAGAAAGCCAGAUUACCUGCGGUAUCUGGACCCCCGAUGACCAGCAGGUGCUGUUUGGUACUGCAGAUGGACAGGUGAUAGUGAUGGACUGCCAUGGGCGCAUGCUGGCCCAUAUUUUGCUGCAUGAGUCGGAUGGCAUCGUCAGCAUGUCCUGGAACUAUCCCAGUUUCCUGGUGGAGGACAGCAGUGGGAGCGACACGGACUCCGACGACUACUCCCCACCACAAAUGCACAGCCAGAAACCCCUGCUGACAGUGAGCUUCACCUCUGGAGACAUCAGCCUGAUGAACAACUACGAUGACCUCUCUCCGACCCUCAUCCGCACGGGCCUGAAAGAUGUGGUGGUCCAGUGGUGUUCGCAGGGGGACCUCCUUGCAGUGGCAGGGAUGGAGAGGACCCUCCUCUCCCCCGACCCCUCCUGUCCUCCCCCCACCAGAAACGCCAUUGUCAAGUUCUACAACGUUCGGGGUGAACACAUCUACACACUGGACACACCAGCACAGCGCCCCAUUACGACGCUGUGCUGGGGUCACCGGGACUCUCGUCUGUUCUUGGCAUGUGGCCCGGCGCUCUACGUUGUGCGAGUUGAGCACCGCGUUGCCAGCCUACAGCUACUCUGCCAGCAGGGCAUCGCCACAGCAGUGAAGGAGGAAAAAGAUGUUGCCAAGCUCACCAUGCCUUCCCGCCUCUGUUCUUAUGUCACUACUGCUUUCGCCCCCACCAUAAAGCCCCCCAUCCCAGAUCCCAACAACAUGCGUGAUUUUGUGAGCUACCCAACAGCUGGAAAUGAGCGUCUGCACUGUACCAUGAAGCGUACGGAGGAUAACCCUGAGGUGGGGGGGCCCUGUUACACUCUGUACUUGGAGUACCUUGGAGGUCUGGUGCCUAUCCUCAAAGGCAGACGCAUAAGUAAACUUCGUCCUGAAUUUGUCAUCAUGGAUCCCAAGACAGAUGGAAAAACAGAUGAGAUAUAUGGCAACAGUCUGAUAUCUGCCAUGAUUGACAGCUGUAACUGCUCAGACUCCAGUGACAUUGAGCUGAGCGAUGACUGGGUUGGCAAGAAAUCUCCAAAGAUAUCCAGAGGCAGCAAAUCCCCUAAACUGCCCAGGAUCAACAUUGAUCCCAGAAAAUCUCCCAAACUAUCCCGUGCUACACAAGAGAUCUCAAGGUCACCGCGGUUACCUAUACGGAAACCAUCGAUUGGGUCACCUAGUCUAACACGGAGGGAAUUUCCCCUAGAUGAUAUCACUCAG